AUGGUUAUUCAUGCUUAUAUUCCUGAUCUUGACCCAAGGACUCACAAUGCCCCAACAGCAUCUCAAGUAGUAGCAAUCUGGAUUAAUGAUGACAUUCGCCAAAAUGUGGUUCAGAAAUGUGAUAUUGUAUUUCCUAAUGAUGAAGAUAAACACAAUAUGGAACAUGAACAUGGUAAUACUGGAAUACAACAUAGAAAAUUUGUGAAAUCUCAUAAACUAAUGUAUUGUCCUGCUAGAAGUGGAAAAACCUAUCUCUAUGAUUGCCUCCUUGCCUAUGUACAAGCCAAUAACAGAAUUGCAUUGGCAGUAGCUUCUUCCGGUAUUGCAUCAUUACUAUUGCAUGAUGGAUGCACAACACAUUCUCACUUCAAGGUAACAAUUCCAAUAAAUGAAAAUACAACCUGUAACAUCAAAAAGUGUACUGAUCUGGCUAAAUUACUUCAAGAAACUAUUCUGGUUGUUUGGGAUGAAGCUCCAGUAACACAUCACCACUAA